CAAAUAAUCAGAACAUAACCAACUGCUUUUGGUCGUUCCUUUGCUCUGCUCAAUCAACCAAAGCCCUUCCUUCCAAACUCCCCAUUUCUCUCAAGCAUCUGAAUCUCCUCCGAUACCCGAAUCCGGUUUUCAGCGAUUCCAGAUGGAGCUGACUUUGAAGACUUGAUUUCUUCGUUUGUUUGGAUGAUUUUAGGGUUUUUGAGUUGGGAUUUAUGGUAAAUAAAAAAAAGAGCACGAUUCGAAUCCGAGAAAAUAUGUGAUUUCACGACCAUGGAUAAGGCCAGCGAAAACAAUCUCUAUUGCAUGUCUACUUUGCUCUGCUUCUGUUUCUUCCUUCAUCUAAUCUCAGCGGCUACCGAUAAUAUGCCGCCCCCGGAUUACGGAUCUCCUAAACUAAUCCUCCUGAACUGCGGGGAAAGUUCUUCUCAGCUAUCUGAUGGGCGCAGCUGGACAGGUGAUGUCGGGUCAAAAUACGCACCUUCCUCUCAAAACACAGAGAUCUCCAAGGCCAGUACGCAGAACUCUGUGCCCUCUGUUCCUUACAUGACCGCUCGUAUAUUUCAUUCCCAGUACACCUACACCUUCCCUGUCACCGCCGGCUGGAAAUUCAUCCGCCUCUACUUCUACCCUGCAAAUUACUCCAGUUUCAAUGCGGCUAAUGCCAUCUUCUCCGUCAGCGUGGAUAAUUAUACCCUCCUCCGCAACUUCAGCUCCUACAUCACUGCAGAAGCCCUGAAAGAUGAUCGUCUCACAAGGGAAUUCUCCAUUAACACGGUAGACGGAUUCUUAAAUUUAACCUUCAACCCAUCUCCAAAUAUCCCCAAUGCCUAUGCCUUCGUGAAUGGGAUUGAGAUUGUCUCGAUGCCUAAUAUCUUCUCUCGAACUGCCACAGUCAUCCUUGAUGAAGGGCUACCAUCAACCAGGUACCAGGUUCGGAAUGACACCGCCCUUCAGACAGUCAUCCGGCUUAACGUAGGUGGAAAGGAUAUAUCAGGCAACCAGGAUUCCAGCUCUUUGUUCCGGACGUGGUCCGAUGACACUCCAAACAUUUAUGGCGCUGCGUCUGGCGUCACGUCCUUAUGGAAUUUGAGCAAAACCUUUGAAUACACAGACGAUGUCCCAUCCUACACUGCACCGAUGGAAGUCUACGAAACUGCGCGGUCAAUGGGUCCUAACCCAAAGGUUAACCAGAACUACAACCUUACGUGGUAUUUUACGGUCGAUGCGGGGUUCACAUACCUGGUCAGGCUUCAUUUCUGUGAGUUCCGCCCAUACAUAAAUAAGGUGAAUCAGCUGGUGUUUAAAAUCUUCAUCCAAAAUCUGACGGCUGAAACAGAGGCUGACGUGUUUGUUUGGGGUGGUCAGACCAACGGGGUCCCAGUCUAUAGAGAUUAUGCCAUUACUAUUCCUUCAGGCCCCACACUAGAUCUGUGGGUUGCACUCACUCCGAACGUACUAAUCGGAUCGGAGUAUUUCGAUUCAAUCCUAAAUGGCAUCGAGAUCUUUAAAUUGAACGACACGACUGGCAAUCUUGGAGGGCCUAAUCCUGUGCUACAUCCACAACCUCAAGUGCGUACCAAUCUGUCUAACAAGUCACGGCAAUCUGGGAAUUCCACUUCAGUCGUUGUAGGAGGUGUGGUGGGUGCCAUUGCUAUUGUCGCUCUCUUCUGUAUUGCCUUGGCUGUUUUCCGUCGUCGCUUGAAACGACAGAAGGAUUCCCGCCCCAGUGAUGGGCCAUCCUUAUGGCAACCAAUUUCAGUGCAAAGCAAUUCCCACUCUGCAGGUUCAGCGAAGACCAACGCCACUGGAAGCCACGCAUCAUCACUUCCUGCGAACCUUUGCCGGCACUUCUCAUUUGCUGAGAUCAAGAUCGCUACUAAUGACUUCGAUGAUACCCUCCUCCUUGGAGUGGGUGGGUUCGGCAAGGUCUACAGGGGCACCAUCGAUGGUGGGUCCACUAAGGUUGCGAUCAAGCGCGGGAACCCUCUCUCAGAGCAGGGGAUGCAUGAGUUCCAGACCGAGAUUGAGAUGCUCUCAAAGCUCCGCCACCGCCACCUUGUAUCUCUGAUUGGCUACUGUGAGGAGAAUUGUGAGAUGAUCCUCGUCUAUGAUUACAUGGCCAACGGGACCCUCCGUGAACACCUCUACAAGACUCUAAAGCCUCCCCUCCCAUGGAGGCAGAGGCUUGAGAUCUGCAUCGGUGCUGCCCGUGGCUUGUACUAUCUCCACACCGGGGCCAAGCACAGCAUCAUCCAUCGGGAUGUCAAAACGACCAACAUCCUCCUUGAUGAUAAGUGGGUCGCGAAGGUUUCAGAUUUUGGGCUGUCAAAGACAGGACCCACAUUGGAUAACACCCACGUCAGCACUUUCGUCAAGGGCAGUUUCGGGUAUCUUGAUCCAGAGUACUUCCGCCGGCAGCAGUUGUCGGAGAAGUCUGAUGUGUACUCAUUCGGGGUCGUGCUGUUUGAAGUCCUGUGUGCGCGGCAGGUGCUGAACAAUCUAUUGCCAAAAGAGCAGGUUAGCUUGGCCGAGUGGGCCCUGCAUUGCCAGAAGAAGGGUGUGCUCGAUCAGAUCAUUGAUCCAUAUCUGAAAGGGAAGAUCGCGUCAGAGUGCUUGAAGAAAUUUGCGGAGACAGCGGAGAAGUGUUUGGCUGACCAGGGGAUCGACCGACCAGCAAUGGGGGAUGUUCUGUGGAAUCUUGAAUUUGCACUGCGGCUGCAGGAGAGUGCAGAGGAGGUCGGUGGGGUCCAAGAGGACACAGAAAAUGAUGAGGCCCCACUUGCAAUCCCAGCCUCUGGGAGAAGAGACUGGGACAUGCCUAGUGGGAAUGUGCCUGAUUCAAGGAACUCAGGGAUGUCGAUGAGCAUAGGCGGACGGAGCCUCACAAGUGAGGAAUCAGAUGGGCUGACUCCGAGCCGUGUGUUCUCUCAGAUCAUGAACCCGAAAGGGCGGUGAGAUCAAUGGUUGUGGACGACACAUGAUCACAUCAUGAUGGAGUUUCUCUAGUCUGGCCAAUUGCAGAAUUAGGUAAGAGGUUGCUGUUCUGAUCAUCAACUCGUCACCGGAAUUUAGUGGCCCAUAUUUCUUUAAUCGUAUGAUAUGCAAGCAGCGUUUUCUUUGUAAUAUUGUAUUGGAUCGUACACUUUUCAUCCCUCAUAGAGCAGAGGAGAAGGCUACAAUAUUGUUUUCUA